ACGUUUAAGUAUCUUAUGCUAAUAACUGAGAUAUCUUAAAUACUUCCCACAUAGAUGGGACCAAAUGUAUCGACAGAGGGAAUUGUUAUGCAAACGAAUACCCUCAACACGACAGGGAUUUUCGUCGAGUUGUCAAGAUACCAUGGCUUUGUCUCAGGGAUAGUUAUUAUCAAGGCACAGCAAAGCCGAAUUGCCGCUCAGCCGAAUCACGGGGUCGACAUACAUUUGGCAUUAAUUCGUCAUGGGAGAAAGAACUCCUCGGCGCAGCAACAAUAUACUAUUUUCUGCUCAACAACUUGAUCAUAACGCCAGCAAAGCUCGUCAUUUAAACAAGAGAGCAGGCAACCGCUUACAAAUCCGUAAAGGCAGCUUGGAGGGGCAGCAGUCUACACAACUGCAAUCGCUUGACUACGAGAUGCGACGCCUGAAGCAUGAGUUGAGGGAGAUCACGCAAACCUCAGGUACCUUAGAGAUGAGAGAUACAGCAACCGAGCGGACAAUGCCGGGGAAAGUUGACAACAAUAACAAUGCAAGAAAAAAAUCUAAAAGAGCAGCGUCCACAAGAAAAAAUCUCGACAUCGACUCGAGUACGGUUGGAAACUCUAUUGGCGCAGCUUUGAACAAUGAUGCUCAGGAUUCGCGACGAAAAAGUCUGUCGUUACCAACGCUACCUUCAAUGAGUGCAUCUCUUCCACAGCUUACUUCUCGGACUGAUUUUUCACCAAUGGAUGAGAACGAAAUCGAUGAGUCAUUCACAUCGCCGCGAGCUUUAUCUAAGCCAAGAGAAAAAAGAAGAAAACAUUCGCGCAGUAGAAAACUUAGCUUUGAAGUUUCACCUAAGGCACAAAACCUCGCAAACUCCAGCGAUGGAGUGACGGUAAACGUCGCUAUCACGAAUACAAACGGAGAUACCGAACGAAUUCGUCCUAUUUCACCGCGGGGCUCGUCUAAACCCGAUUCUUCGUUUGUAAAUGUUAACCUCGAUGCUGUCAAAGACAGAAUUCAACAUAGACUUUCUCAGCCGACUACGAAUAAGGUAAACGAAGACGAAGAUGACGAUGAGCCUGAUUACACACAAUACCUACAUGUUCCCCCAGAUGGGCUACCUAGGACUGUUUACCUGCUGCCACCGUUACCAGAUCUUUUACAAGAGGCUAAAAAGGCCAGGUACAUACGCAGACCUAAAAAACCUUUACAAGAACUGGAAGUUGAUGAUCCUGACAGGGAAUUAGGAAUUGAGGAAAUAUUCAGCAAGAAAGGUUAGCUUGGUAUGAAAAGCACUGUAAAUAUCAGUACCAAGCAAAAUGAUUUUUAAGCGUUCUUUACAAGGAAUACUCGGUCGAUAUCUUGAAAACAGCGCCAUAAUCAGAGUAUGUGAUAUUGUCCAAACUUAUCAUUCAUCCCGUCUCUUUUAAUCUACGAGAAUUUUCUUCCACGAUCAUAGCAUUCGUUGUCGGAAAGGCGUCACCACACUUUUGCAUGCUAGGCUUUGCGCAAAUUUUUACAAAUAGGUCUUUAAUUCUGUGGCUGUAGAACAAAACACCAUUGAAAGCAACACCCUACUAUUCCGUUAGUUCUUCUGAAGAAAACUUCAGCGAUAAUAAAAAAAAACUUCAGCAAUAAUAAAGCAUCGUGAGACCUGAUUAGAUCGAA